AUGGUCCAGGCAGAGCCUCGUCUCGGCGAUGUCGACGCAAAGAUCCAUCCGGCCAGCGCAGACCACAGUACCGCACGUGCAGGUGCACGCACGGAUACCCUCACCUGGUUUAGCCCGCCGGUCGAGACGGUUGCCCGGGGUGUGGCCGCUGAGCAGAGCCCAGCUACGUGGAGCCACAGGUGAGAGUUAGGUGCCAGCAAAUAGACGCUAGGCGUAGUCUCACCUGCAAGCAAGUGAGCGACCACUAUGACCAUCACGUGGACCCACUGCUGACACCCCUACACCCCCCCCCACACACACACACACACACACACACACACACACACACACACACACACACACACACACACACACACACACACGACAGUUCGACCGUCGAUUUCGACGAUGUCCACCGUGUGCCCCACAGCUGCAUCAGCGGUGGGAGCAGGGACGGUGACUUGCGCAGGGGUUUAUAGUGCGGGUAGACUUGCGCUGCAUCUACCUACACUCUCUCCUCCUCCCCCGCCUGGGCCCGGCGUCUAGACAGAGUCAAGAAGACCGGAGACGAGAGAGGCCGCAGGUGGAUGGCUCGGACGGAUCCUCACCUUGGCGUUCCACCACACCCCCUGGUCCACACGACAAUAACCAGGAUUUCAACCAACACCACAAGGAUUUGGAGGCUGACACGGCCGAAGCCGCACCUGGGCGUGCCGCCAACGCCUGGCUCGGAUCCCACACUGUGGUGGGAAUGCCAUAAAGGCCACAUUAAAAAGGAGCCAUUGCAGCCUGACUCUCAGACCGCCUCCAGUGAAGGAGGAGGUCCAAGGUACCCCGUCAGUUGGCAACCUUCCAAGCCACGGCUUUUAGCGCACCGUGAUAGCUUCAAGCGCGUCAGAUUGAUUAUAGUGAGGAAAAUGCGCUGAGUCGUCGACCUCACUCUCCCUUCCCAUUCCCACACCCCAGCCACUGUCCGAGCCGGUCAGUAGACUGGAGUGGGGAAUGGGCGCGGUGGUUGACAUGGUCGACUGACCAUGCCUGCGCGCGCCACAGCACGACCCGGCCCCCCAUACACACGAACACCAGGAUUUCACACAAAGGGGGAUGAACGGCGUGUCUCUCACUUGCGUGAGAGUGCCGUGGAAGGUGCUGUUGCAGCCCGUGCCCAGCCCACCAGUCCGCCACUCCACACAACACACACACACAACGUGACGAACUGCGUGGACCGAGUGUGGGCGUGUAGGGGUGUCAGCGGUGGGUCCACGUGAUGGUCGUAGUGGUCGCUCACUUGCUUGCAGGUGAGACUACGCCUAGCGUCCAUUUGCUGGCACCUAACUCUCACCUGUGGCUCCACGUAGCUGGGCUCUGCUCAGCGGUCACACCCCGGGCAACCGCCUCGACCGGCGGGCUAAACCAGGUGAGGGCGCUGUGCGCUUGUGCCGCGUGCACAGUGUACUGCGGGCUCCGCUGGACGUUUGGUCGGAUGAAACGUUGCGCCGGCGUCGUCGAGACGAGGCUCUGCCUGGUACGCCGUUGGACAGCUGCUGCCGGGAUGGGUCCCCGCAUCGCCUUCGCUGAGACGCGCCCACCUACGCCGACGGAGACCGCAGACCUCGGCAUAUGCGGUCGUUCUCCACUACAAACAUAAAGUUGUGGUCCCAUAGUGGGAUUCGGUCGCGCCAAACAGGCUUACAGGCAGCCCGAUUCGGGGGGCACUGCCUGUCCCCAUUACGGGGGAGGGCCCAGAAAAGGUGGCCUAAACAUUGCUGGGCACCACGCCGUCUCUAGGCUAGUCAGGGCCGCAGACGUCUAAACAUGGUCGAAACACUCAAAACCGAAGCAACAACAAUACCAAUAAUAACAACAACAACCAUACUCCUUCUCCUCAUCCUACCUCUUCUGCCUCUAUCUCCGUCUAUUCUUCUGCCUAUUCUUCUCCUUCGUCAUCUUCUUCUCCACCUCCUUCCCGUCACCCCACUUGUUUUCCCCAGACUGACAGGGUGAGCCCGCUCACUCUGGCAGCCUGGAAUGUUCGUUCCCUUUUAGACAAUCCGAGGAGCAACCGACCGGAACGGAGGACGGCGCUAGUGGCACCAGAACUGGCGCGCUACAAGGUGGACAUCGCCGCACUCAGCGAGACCCGAUUCUCCGAACAAGGCCAACUGGAGGAGGUGGGUGCCGGUUACACCUUCUUCUGGAGUGGUCGACCCAGGGCAGAGCGACGAGACGCGGGCGUCACCUUCGCUAUCCGGAUCGACAUCGUGGGACAACUGCCCUGUUCGCCGCAGGGAAUAAACGACCGCCUGAUGAGCCUCCGCCUGCCUCUCCGGCGAGGAGGCAAGUUCGCCACCAUCAUCAGCGCCUACGCUCCGCCGAUGACCUGUUCCGACGCCGUCAGAGACAAUUUCUACGAGGACCUGAACGCCCUCUUGGCGACUGUGUCGAAGGCGGACAAGUUGAUUGUCCUUGGUGACUUCAACGCCCGCGUCGGCACAGACCAUACUGCCUGGAGGGGAGUGCUGGAUCCUCACGGUCUCCGCGGUUCCAACGACAACGGCCUGCUUCUCCUGCGCACCUGCGCAGAACACCGCCUCAUCCUGACGAACACGUUCUUCUGUCUGCCGGAGCGAGAGAAGGCCACCUGAAGAAGGCAUCCUCGGUCGCGCCAGUGGCAUCUGCUGGACUAUGUCCUUUUUCGAAGCCCAGAUCAGCGGGACGUGCUGGUGACAAAGGCGAUCGCGGGUGCUGACGGGUGGACCGACCAUCGCCUCGUCAUCUCGAAGGUGCGUAUUCUCCUACAGCCUCGCAGGAGACCACAAGGUAAGCGAUCCCCAGGUAAGUUGAAUGUUGCUUUGUUGUCUUUGUCUGCUCACCAUCUUCAUUUCAGCAAUGAGCUAGCUCAACGGCUGGACAACCUUCCAAUCGCUGCCGCCGACGACGCCGUCGCUGCCGAGAACGCCUCCGUGGAGAACCGCUGGUGUCAACUGCGAGACACGGUCCAGUCGACGGCGCUCGCCGUCCUCGGUCGCGCUCCCCGCCAACACCAGGACUUGUUCGACGACAACGACGCUGCCAUCAGCAAUCUGCUUUCCGAGAAGAACCGCCUACACAAAGCCUACGUAGAUCAUCCCACUGAGGACAACAAAGCUGCCUUCUACCGCAGUCGCUGA